UAACAAGAAAUGUACAACGAAAUAUUCAACCAGUGUUUCAGAGAAGAAAAAUAACAAUUACAUAAUAAUAGAAUUUUAAGCUAGGCACGAUGCGCUUAAAAGAAACCACAAAGAAUGAUUUAGCACGUCGUUUAUCUUUAUGCAAUUCCCAGAGUUAAAGAUCGUUCUCUUGAAGAUUAAAAUAGUGACAGAAUAUGAAAGAAUUAUAUAUCUGUAAUUUCUCCAUGGUGAUAGUUUAAGCACGUAGCACGUAAAUCGCUAUAAUGUUAUCUCGUCCUGUUUCUAAUGAAUUUUCAUGUCAUCCGCAACACUUAGUACUUCGUUUAGUGCAAUUUAAUGGAUUUAAAUAAUGGGAAAUUGUGAUAGUCGUGAUUCACUUGCGGUAAUCCCGCAACCAAGGAAAAUUAUGCUUGAAAUGCGUCGGCAAUAGAUUUCUCAAUCAAUUUCCACGAUCCCAAUAUUUCUGUUUUUAAUCAAACAUAUUAAAAAAUAAUUAAGAGUAUUCUAGUAUAAAUAAAUUAUUAAUAAUAUUUCAACAGUAAUAUGCAAUUUCUAGGAAACUUUGGCCUGUUCCGCUGAUAUGUACAUAAUUUAUAAAUACAAGUUUAGACACUAUCUUUCAAUAAAUUAUGACUAAACGCGUGAAACAUGUAUGGAGAUGAGUCAUUUGUGGUGAGAAAAGUACAAGUUUCAGAGAUCUUAUCAGUGCGUUACUGAUACUUGAAUACAACGCAAUUCAUUCAUGUAACAGAAAGAGCAUAAUUAUUUAACGGCUUGAUGAAAAAUUCAUACUGUAACAUGUAGAUAGAUAAUAUUAUUCUACUAUCUACAUUAAUAAAUAAUAAUAUAUCGUAAUGGCGAUAUAUUUUUAUUAUGUUACAUGAAUUGAUGCAAUUGUCGCAAUUGCUUCAAUACGGAAAUCACAUAUUUCCUGCUUUAUUCCUUAAAACCUAAUAAUGUUCAUGCAACGCUUGCUGUAUGCGUCAUACGCUUCACACAUGCAUGCUCUCUUGCUCCUAUCAUCCAAACUCUUGACGUGCAGGCUGACCAAUUGUGUGAAAGAAUCAGCUGCAUGCAUAUUUGAGUGAUGCCAGAUUUGAGACGCAACAGCAAGCAUCACUGCUCUAAACUGGUCCGAGGUCUCGCCGGCUCGGGAAAGCAAAAUGUCAAACGUGGGUAAUUUGGAGCAACAGAUAGCGAGUUUGCAGAUCAAUCACGGCGAUGAAGCGGCCAAGGUUAUCAAACCCGGCAAGAAGGUCGGGCCAGCGGUGCCGCCAAAGCCAAAAAAGUCUCAACCUCAGAUACCGCAAAGUUACACCAUAAAGGCUCCGCCUAUGCCAUCGUAUAGCACAGUUCUCAAUAACACGCCAUCGAAUGACAAGACUUCAAAUUUAUACAUGAACACUCCUUCUCCAUAUGUGCCACUGGACAUAAAGAAUGAUUUCUCUCAAAUGGCGUCCACGAACGGCAAGGAAGCAUCAAAGAUUUAUCAGAACGACACCAUGUACGCGUGCCAGUCCGAAGAGAAGUUCGAGCCGAAAUACAGAUACGAUGAGAAGAAUUAUUAUUCCAACAUCGGCAACAUGCCGGCUCCUCAAGUACCCGUGGCGGACGAUCGCGCGAGCCGCGCGACCAGAAACGCGGUGUACAGCAAUAUAGAGCCGCCCGUACCAAUUCCGGUUCCUGCGUACAAAUAUGCGAAUGACUCACAGAAGGAUAUUAUAUACAGCAACAUCCAGUGGAAUCCUAAAACAGAAAACACGUAUUGCAAUGUUCCUCCGGCGCACAGCGCUGACGACUUGCCACCGCCACCGGAGCCCUCGGAGUAUGUCUCUUGCGUACCUGGGAAUUCGUUUCCACCGCCGCCCGAAGAGCUGCCUCCACCGCCGAGUCCGGUCUCGUCGAGUUACAGCGAGCUGAGACGCGCCACUUAUCAGACCGAUUUCCCAUCGGGUAAUUACCCCGCCGACAUUUACGGGCCGAGUUCGCAGUCCAGCUCGACAUACGAAUCCAUAUACGAGCCGAUUAAUCCGAGACCACCGUCGCAAUUGUCGUGUAACUAUUCUAUGUACUCUGGCUACGGGUCGGCCACAUCUACUCAACCGCAGGGCAAAGUGUCUCCCGUUAAAGAAGUCGACGUCCUCACGGAUCUGUUGGUUCAAGGAAUGGCAGAUAGUAACGAAGAUAGCGAUAUAUACGGCAUCUGCGCGCAAUGCGGACGCAAGGUCGAGGGAGAGGGAACUGGAUGUUCGGCGAUGGACAAGGUCUUUCACAUAAAUUGCUUCUGUUGCUUCGUGUGCAAGGUCAAUUUGCAGGGCAAACCUUUCUACUCGCUGGAGGGCAAGCCCUACUGCGAGGAGGACUAUCUUAACACUUUGGAAAAGUGCUGCGUUUGCACGAGACCGAUACUGGACCGAAUAUUGCGUGCUACCGGCAAACCGUAUCAUCCUUCCUGUUUCACCUGCGUCGUUUGCGGACAGAGUCUGGAUGGUAUACCAUUCACCGUGGACGCUACGAAUCAGAUACAUUGCAUUCAGUGUUUCCACAAGAAAUUCGCGCCGCGCUGCUGCGUCUGUAAGCUGCCUAUAAUGCCCGAGCCUGGUCAGGACGAGACCGUGCGAGUAGUCGCGCUAGAUCGUAGCUUCCACAUUCAAUGCUACAAGUGCGAGGAUUGCGGACUGGUUUUGUCUUCCGAUUCGGAGGGACGAGGCUGCUAUCCUCUGGACGAUCACGUACUGUGUAAAAGUUGCAAUGCUACUCGCGUCCAAGCCUUAACGUCUCACAUGACGACUGAAUUAUAAAUUAUACCGACGCGACAAAUCUAUGUAGUUCACGCUGAAAGCUCUGGAACACGAAAGAAAUAUUGAAUAAGUAUUGUUAUAAUCAACUAGCAACAUAAGUACCGUUCGGCAUGAUAUUAUUAGAUCUUUUUAUACAUACAGUUUUUUCCACAUUCCUGUUUGUUACUCGUGGUGUUUCAGGUUCUCGUAUACUUCGAAAGAAUAUUUGAUAACAUCUAUCGUAACAGCGAAGCAUCAGUUUUUUACUACAUCAUAGUUAUUAUAAACUAUGGAAUACUGUCCACGAUUUUAGAUUCUUUUACAAUUUCACAUGAAGAGAAGAAAAACGAUUGUUAAAGACUUUAUAUUCGAUUUAAGGAUAACGGUGUAAGAUUUGAUGCGCUAAAAUUCCGCACUGCCAUAAUCGAAGCAUUUCUAGUAUUUUACGAAUGUAAUAUUGACGAAUUAGAAGUAAUUGUAGAUUUAUUUCAAUGCCCGAAUAAUUUUCCCGCAGAUGUGAUUAUCAUUGUGAUUCUAGUAAAGUAUUCGAUAUACCGUGAAGUAUUUAACGUGUAGUUUGUCGUUGACAGAAAUAGCGCUUCGACUCAUAUAUUUAGAGAUAGAUUCGCAGAUUCGCGGAGUAGCGUUGUACUACGGACAAUAUCGAUAUAUCGGCGAGGAACCGUGCCAUUUCCUUUUUUCCUUCAAUGUAGUUGUUAAAAAAACCGACUCUUUCGUAAGAUUACAAAAAAAAAGAAAGAGAAAGAAAAACAAAAACACUUAAUCGUGCGUCCUAAAUGCGAUGUAAUUAGGCCCCGGAAACUUUCACGCAUGGGUAAAGCAUUACAUCGAGAAGAGACUUGUAUGAUCUCUGUAUUAUAGUAUCAAUAAAAAUACAGUUUGUUAUUUAUGGCCAAGAAAAAAAAAAGAAAGAGUAACAUUUCGUUUCAGCCGACCGUUUCUUGCUUGUCUGGUUAUUUCAUCGCGCGUGCAGAUUUGCAAUCUGCACUUUCGCCUGCACCUAUCGAGUGAACACAAUCUAUGAUCGAGCUUUGCAUGUUUCACUAUUUCAAUGAGACCUGCUGUGUAUCGUUUUACCGUUAUUACUAUUGUGUGAUUGUUGUUAAUAGGUAUACGCGGCGACCCAAGCUAUCGUACUUCCUCUUAGUUACAGAUUUUCUGAGAAAUUCGGAACUGCAAUUUUUCUUCGUUUCAGCAGACGUUCGAUUGAGCGCGCAAUUUCUUUGCAAUAAUUUUCAACAUAUAACAUUAUCUCUUCCUGUCUUGCAAGAACCAUUUGAAAUUAAACGGUAAGUGAGAUCCGUGUGCUUUCCUGACAAUAGAAUCGCUUCGAUAACUUUGAUACUUGGCAUUCUUGCGAUCAAAAACGAUCUCGAAUUCGUGAGACGAACUGUAACCCAGAUGAAGUCCGCGAUUAUGCAACCUGUAUACAUGUGAUGUGCGUACAUAUAUGUAUAUUCACACACAUGUACACACAUCAGAUGCGCAUACAUAUAUGUUAUUAUCGUAUUGUUGUUGUUAUCGUUAUUAUUAUAUAAUUGCAGAAGAAAUUUACAGCAGAUUUGUUAUAUAUCAUCCCUUUACUAAUUUUUCUCUAGCUAUGGUUUCCAUGCACAGAUGUUUGUCUUUUAUUAUUAAUUAUUAUUAACAUUUCGUUUUAGAUACUUGCAUCUCUUUUUUUUUAUGCGUAACAUACUUUUUUUUUAUUACCAUAGAGUACUUAAAUCUUAUAUAACUUUUUGUGAUAUAUAACCUGUAUGCCAUUUUGUGUAUAAUUUAUGUUUAUUAAUACAUAAAUUUGUUUCACCUGCACGCUUCAUGGAUCGUGGAAUGCGUCCCAUUAUGUUUCUUCUCGGAGGAAUGGAUGAAUCGAUUUCUAACAGGGCGGUCAGCAAGUAACAAUAUUCCACGAUGGAUACAUUAUAUACAAACUACCUAUCGGCGAACUACGCGAAUCUGAGAAAUAAUUAUCAUUUGUCAAAUAAACUUGCAUGCGCGUAAACGAGCAUCUCGCCAUUUAUAUUAUCCGCGAUGCGACAAACGUAAUAAAUGUAACAAAUGUAUUAUCAACUAUUUGAUGUAUCCAAUGUGCAAUUAAUCUUACCACGUACAUGCGGGGAGCGUCUCGCGCUUAAUUAAUAAGUGCUAAAUACCUGUAUUAAGUAUAGUCGCAGUUAUUCUUCACGAAGUAACAACGUAACCUCUCUUCGAGAGACGCAAUAACGUUUCGGAUACUUAAUACAGAUUGUCUCGAAAGCCUACAUUCCUCGAUCUCGCUCUCCCCCCGCAUCGAGCAUCGCAGAUGCACGGGAUUUUCAGGACAUUCCACGAUCCGAAAUGCUGCGUAUAAUACAUUCGUAGAUCCUAUACUUUUUUUUGCUACACAUAGCUCUGGUGUCUAUCUCUUAGACUCCUUUUUUUUAUCCUCUUUAGAUUAAAACUAUAAUGUAUUUUUUUUUGUGUAGUAUAUAUAUUAUCCUUUAUAUCUUUUAUUAUAUUCGACCAAAGUUAGCACCAUUCUACGUUAAAUUUAGUACACGGCUCUCUUAAUACUCGUUUAAUCUAACAACAUUCGUUCGAUUUUAUUAGCUUUGUUGUACCAAAGUCAACAUAGAAUUGCACUUUUCUUUUUAACAAUCUAUCGCUCUUGCUUUUUAUAUAGAUACACGUAUAAUAUGUAUAGUAUAUAUAUAUGAAAUAUGCGUGUGUCUGUGUGUGAGUAGAUACACGAGUCACACGUAUGCUUACAUAUAAAUCUGUACUUGCACGCAAUAAAUCACAGCCACCUAUCCAGAUUCGCGCGCGAGCACAAAAUACACACUAAGUAAACGCGUAUUCUCUUUCGCAUUCGCAUCCUAGAUAUCUUCGGUAUAUGUUGCAUCGUCGCAUCCGUUAUAUAUAUAUAUAUAUGUGUGUAUGUAUAUUGUUAUACGAUACGUAUACGUAUACGUGUGUAUGCGUAUAAAUAAAUAUAUACCCAAUGGAUACAUACGCAUAUAUAUAUAUAUAUAUAUUUACAUAUGUAAGAAUGCUUCCUUCGUUCCGCCUAUACGUAGUACUAGGUGCCGAAAUAAGCUGCGCUUUUUCUCUCUCUCUCUCCCUCUCUCUCACCCCCUAUUUUUCCUCUCUCUACUUAUGAUACACAUUCAUUCGACUCACACUCACUUACAAUGUCUCACUCGUUCCUCUUUUUUCCCCUCCUUAAUAUCUUUCUUAUUAAUAUGACAACGCCGGUCAUCGCGCGGACUUUGCUGCUCCAAACGUUCUCGCUCGCACUCUCGCUUUCGCCGGAUCUCUUACAGCAUCACACUCUCACACUUCCGAAUUCGCUGGGUACUGUUGGGCAUAUUAGCAUCACUUAUGCCCAUAAAUCAAUAAAUAAAUAGAGGAACAACAUUCUUCAAACAUCUCUUUUUUUUUUCUUAUAACAACAUUAGAGGCUCUCGGAACGUAACGCAACAAAUGUUCAACAAUACAAUCACGAAAACAAAUAGAAGGCACUCUUGCUUUUUUCAAUAAAUUAAUUUCUUUGUGUUAACAACUCACUCAGAUAUUCUUCCCACGCCUUCGCCUAGGCCUUGUCUUGUCGCGUCCGUGUCUAGCUACGUGCCGGGCACGACGUAUCGGGUGUCGUCCAAAAAAUCCUCCCAGGUAACACACGCGCCGCGACAUUUACAUGACGGCGCCGCAAACCUCAUCUUUGUCUUCCUUUUUCUCUCUCUCUUUCAAAUGGACAAUCAUAGCUACGGUAUGCGAGAUACAAGAUAACAAAUUUAUUUCACAUUUACAGGUAAAAGAAAUUCACCUUCGUAACAAUUAGGUAGAAUAUUAUUUAACCUUUAAUAUUAUAAUAAUUUAAUUAUUGUUAUUUGCUUGGAAGCUCACAGCCGACACAUUUUUUUAAUUCAUUAUUAUUAUUUUUCUCUUCUUUUAAUAUCUUACCUUAUUUUCAUUUGGGUACGGGGCGUUUCAUCUUUUCGUACUUGGGUCACGGUCUUUAUUUUUUUUUUGUGUGUAUUUCUCUCGAUAUUUAACAGCUACAACACGUACAACGUUUAGCGCGGAAAUUUAUCAACGGAAGAAACAACGAAUCCAAGUUAUUAUUGAUCCGCUCUACGCUUUCAAAAGACGCGAUGAAAUGUAUAUUCACGGUUACUCUAACGAGAAAGACAAACUAUAAGUACCGGGUGUGUUUCUCCCCGUGUUUGCUUUUUUACGGGGGUGGAAAAAGAAAAA